AACAAAUAUUAACCGGUCAUAUAUCGUUGUUUAUACAAAUAAAUAAAUAAAUAAAAAUCAAGUAAAUUUAUUAUUUUAAUAAUAAAUUAAAUCAAAAUGCCAUAUGCAAAUCAACCAUCUGUUCAUAUAACUGAAUUAACAGAGGAGACUGUUAAAUUUCAAGUUGAAGAUACAGAAUUAAGUGUUGCAAAUAGUAUGAGACGUGUAUUUAUUGCUGAAACACCAACAAUUGCUAUUGAUUGGAUUCAACUUGAGGCAAAUUCAACAGUAUUGAGUGAUGAAUUUUUAGCUCACAGAAUUGGCAUGAUACCACUUAUAAGUGAUGAUGUUGUUGAUAAAAUUCAAUACACCAGAGAUUGUUCAUGUAUGGAUUCAUGUCAAGAAUGCAGUGUUGAAUUUACACUUGAUGUUAAAUGCAGUGAAGACAAAACACGAUUAAUAACAACAGCUGAUUUAAUAUCAAGUGAUCCAAGAGUAUUGCCUGUAACAUCAAGACACAAAGAAGAUGACAGUGACUAUGGUGAAAAUGAUGAAAUUUUAAUUGUUAAAUUGAGAAAAGGACAAGAAUUAAAAUUACGAGCAUUUGCUAAAAAAGGAUUUGGAAAAGAACAUGCUAAAUGGAAUCCAACAGCAAGUGUUAGCUUUGAAUAUGAUCCUGAUAAUUCAAUGCGUCAUACAUUAUUUCCAAAACCAGAUGAAUGGCCAAAAUCUGAAUACACUGAGCUCGAAGAAGAUCAAUAUGAAGCACCAUUCAAUUGGGAGGCCAAGCCAAAUAAAUAUUUUUUCAAUGUUGAAAGUUCUGGUGCAUUAAAACCAGAAAAUAUUGUCAUGAUGGGCAUAGCUGCAUUAAAAAAUAAAUUAUCAAAUUUACAAACUCAAUUGAGUCAUGAAGUUCAAAGUGAUGCACUCAGCAUUCAUCAUUAAUAAAAAAAUUUAAAUUUUAAAUUUUAACAUGUAUCAAUAAUAAUAAUAAUA